CUGCAACGUGGCGGCCUCGCCCCUCCCAGCGCCCCGCCCAUCUCGCCAAUAGGAAGCUGCCAAACAGAGGCGGGUCAACGUGUAACGCUUUACAGGAUUGGCCCGACUGGGCUCCCAUCACUUACAGGACUAAGUGCUGCGCUGCUGUUUAAGUGAGGAUGGAUCCCCAUAGUGUCCUGUGCCUGAUGCUGCUAGUCCUAUGCACUGGAGAGAUACUCUGCAAGCCCACCUUCCGAAAGGAGAGGAUCCGACUGGACCCGGAACUCAACAGCCAGAUCCACGAAGAGAACCAGAGCUUCCAACAGGACCACGAGGCUUUCCUGGGCAAAGAUGAGGCCAAGACCUUUGAUCAGCUCACCGCCGAAGAGAGCACAGACAGACUGGGAAAGAUCGUUGAUAGGAUCGAUAGCGAUAGUGAUGGGCUCGUUAACACAGAGGAGCUAACGGCAUGGAUCAAGCGAGUACAAAAAAGAUACGUUUAUGAGAAUGUCGCGAGAGUCUGGAAAGACUACGACGUUAAUAAAGACAAUGCAAUCUCUUGGGAAGAAUACAAGCAAGCCACAUAUGGAUAUUACCUGGCCAACCCUGAAGAGUUCCAAGAUGCGACCGAACAGUUCAGCUUCAAGAAGAUGCUGCCCAGAGACGAAAGGAGGUUCAAACAAGCAGAUCUCAAUGGGGAUUUAGCAGCAAACAGGGAAGAGUUCACUGCAUUUCUCCACCCAGAGGAGUUUGAACAUAUGAAGGAUAUUGUGAUAUUGGAAACCCUGGAAGACAUAGACAAGAAUGAGGAUGGGUUUGUGGAUCAAGAUGAAUAUAUUGCGGACAUGUUUUCACAUGAAGAAGGUGGCCCUGAGCCUGACUGGGUAGCCACAGAAAGGGAACAAUUUGCAGAUUUUAGAGACCUCAACAAAGAUGGAAAGAUGGAUAAAGAGGAGAUCAGGCACUGGAUUCUUCCACAGGACUAUGACCACGCACAAGCUGAAGCCAGACACCUAAUCUAUGAAUCAGAUCUGGACAAGGACAAGCUGCUGACUAAGGAGGAAAUAUUGCACAACUGGAACAUGUUUGUGGGGAGUCAGGCAACCAACUAUGGAGAGGAUCUCACGAGGAACCAUGAUGAAUUGUGAACACGGAACUUGUACAGACUGUGACUUCUUUUUUUUCGACUCUUAACACGGUCCCUUGCAUUUGCACCAACACUUUUAUUACCUCAAGUUGGGUAAAAAUACCCUUUUUUUUAAAAAAAAAGCAUUUCUAAGCCUUCUAGUAAUUCAAAUAUGACAACUAAUCCUGCUGUCUAGAAUAUUGUUUUAAAGAAUGUCAAGUGCAGGGAAAACUCUGCCCCAGAUGUGUUCUAGGGACCACUUACACCUAAAUACAAAUUGCUAGUUAUAUUGUGACUAACCUAUAGGAUGUUUUGGCCUUUUAACUGCUUCAUAAUUAACUGGCAACUGUGUUUUAUAUGCACAAGCGGAGCAGGAAAAAAGAAGGGCCAAAGGAUAUUUGAAGGAACAAUUCAGUGUAAAAAUAAAAACCGGUUAAAUAGAAAGGUUGUGCAAAAUAAAAAAUGUUUCUAAUAUAGAUAUUUAGCCAAAAAUGUAAUGUAUAAAGGCUGGAGUGAUCAGUGGAAGCCAAGAGAGCUGCAAAGCAGGAAGUAUUGUUCUGGCUAUGAUGUUAGACAUCCAGUCACUCCAGCCUAUCUAUUUGCCCAGUUUUAAGUUUUACACGGAAGAAUUCCUUUAAGGUAUAAUAUGCAAGGUAUACAAUAUUUAAAAGGAAUAUAUAGUGUGCUUAUCAGCAGCAUCUUCAUUUCAUGUCUUGAUUCAUCAGGACUUUUUAUAAAGAUAUGAUCUGUAUAAUUUGGGGUUACCGUAUAUAUUUAUAUGAUUAAUACUCAUGAAAUAGGCAGCAACAAUUCUGAGUAUUUGCGUAGAACGUCCCUUUUCUGUAUACAGGUAUGGGAUCCGUUAUCUGGAAACACUUACCCAGAAUGCUCCGAAUUAUGGAAAGGCCUUCUCUCAUAGACUUUAUUUUAUCCAAAUUUUUAAAAAUGAUUUCCUUUUUCUCUAUAAUAAUAAAACAGUAGCUUGUACUUGAUCCCAACUAAGAUAUAAUUAAUCCUUAUUGGAGGAAAAACCAGCCCAUUGGGUUUGUUUAAUGUUUACAUUAUUUUUUAUAAGACUCAAGGUAUGAAAAACCAAAUUACGGAAAGAUCCAUUAUCCGGGAAAACCCCAGGUCCCGAGCAUUCUGGAUAACAGGUCCCAUAUCUGUAUUUGUAUUUUCACUUAUGGGUAAGGCUUUCCUUAGGUGGCAUAUUUAUCGAAUGCCGAAGACGGAGCUGAUCAAGUUUCCACAUUUCGCUGUACAUGAAUUCUGAAUUCACGGUAUAGCAAACUUGAUUUGUUCAGAAGUUUCAUCAUCCUCAUCAUUAGGGAUGCACCGAAUUCACUAUUUCGGUUUCGACUGAACCCCCAAAUCCGGUGCGAAAAA